AUGAGACACAAAAAGAGUAUUUCUCUCCAUGGGCCUGACACCAUACGCUUUGCACAAGUGUACAAUAAUCUUGUCCCAAAGAAAUUGAACACUUCAAAUUCUCCAAGUGAUUACGCAGAUUCUUUUCAGGCUCCUAAAAAGAUGUUGAUCCCAUCUUCUGAAAACCAAUAUCCAUUGAAAAAUUCAAUCGAUGCCAAACCUCAGCUAAAAUAAACCUCAAAUUUGCCAAGAUCUCAAGAGCAAAAAGGCGAAAUUUACAUCUCUUAGCAUAAAAUCGCUCUCUGGUUUUAAUGAACGACUUAAAAUUGCCAAAAAAAUUGCCAUGAAAAAGAACAAGAGCUUAAAAGAAAAGGAUAUGAGCCACAGAAUUUCUGUUUACAAUAAAUCAAAGUUUAACCCUGUCCCCAAUCCAGAUAACCCUUCAGGAUUUGGGAUGGGCUUUAAGAUCGAGAGGCUAGAUCCUAUAUGUCUAGACAUCACCUCACUUCGGCCUAAAAUGAAUUUCUUCAAGACAAGUGCAUUCCCUCAUAUAAAAUAUAACUCAACUAGACAGAACUAUAAUGACAAACCUAGUGAGCGCAAAGCUUCGCAUAAAAAACUAACCAAAACUUCUGGAAAAACAACCAAGCAGGGCUCUAAAGCUAUUUUCAAAGGAUUUACUGCAGGAAAUGGUCAGAAUGAGGAAGAAAAGAACUUAAAAGACUUUUGCCCUAAUAUUGAUAUUGUAAAUGGACUCAAACAUCUUAUGGCAAAGAAUAAUCAAAAGCCUAAGAGUUUUUUAAAACCCGAAUUUGAAUCCAGUUUUCCGACUUACAAAACAAGCACAGCAAGGAGGGGACUAAACCUCUGGCUUAGAAAGGAUAGUUCAGUUCCAAGAUCAGAGUCCGCUUUUGGAGGUUUGGAGAUUAUUGAUCCUCUCAGGUCAAGCCAGAUUAUAAAGAAACGUAAAAGGAACUAAGAGCAUGCACACAUUAACCAUAAAUAAGAAAAAGAGUAUAGAUCUAUCAAGAAGUAAAUUAUUUAAUAGCUUUAGAAUAAGAUUACACUUAAUUCAGUACUCAGAGGGCAUCUCCAGAAGGGUGUCACGGUUAGAGGAAAAUCAAUGAGAGUUAUCGAACCAGAUCCGAAGAUGACAACACUGACACCUAAUCUGAACACUUCAAGUAAACUUUAUCAGAAUCCUACUCAAACAACUCCAACAAAGCAUGAAUUAAGAGGAAGAGAGAUUGGCUAUUCAAAGACUCUACGAAACUCAAAAUGCCCUAAAAAUACGCUAAAGAACAACUUUUUAACAGAUCUAAGCUCACUACAAACAAAGACACAUAUCAAAGACUCUCUCAACGCAUACAUCACCCACAACGGCCGGACCAAAAAUAUGCCUAAAAUCUACUCUCUUCCCCUCUCCAAACCCGACCAGUCUCCUUCCCACCCCCAAAACCCCUCUCAGCCACCAAAA